AACAACAACAACACCAACAACAUCAACAACAACAGCAACAUCAUCAUCAUCAUCAACAACAACAACAGCAACAACAGCAACAACAGCAACAACAACAGCAACAUCAGCAUCAGCAUGGGCAGCAACAACAGACUCACAAGAUUAACAAUAACAGCACCAACACUUCAUCAGGACAUCACCACCAUCAUCACCACCACCACCAUCACUCAGCCAGAGCAGCUGGCUCGGGCACCACCUACCAACAGCAUCAACAUCACCAACAGCAACAGCCACGAGCAUCCACUAUCAAACUCUUAGACCCCUACCAGAAGUGCUCCACAAAGCGCAAGUGCUUUGACCACAAUGGCAGUGGUGGUGGUAGUUUGGGUCUAGAGAGUGGGAAGGUGGGGCCCCCAGGUGGUGCCCCAGGAACAGCCUCCAAGACGGUGGCCCACGGGAAGGUGGCCCUGGGUGGCGGGGCACACAAUGCCACCAAGGGCGUCAAUUCAAAUGCUGCCGACGGAGACUAUCAGUUGGUACAACAUGAGGUGUUGUACUCCCUCACUGCCCAGUAUGAGGUGCUUGAAUUCCUGGGGCGUGGCACAUUUGGCCAAGUGGUCAAGUGCUGGAAAAAGGGCACCAAUGAUAUUGUGGCCAUUAAAAUCCUCAAGAAUCAUCCCUCCUAUGCUAGGCAGGGUCAGAUUGAGGUUGGAAUCUUGACAAGACUCAGCCAGGAAAAUGCAGACGAGUACAACUUUGUGCGAGCAUUCGAGUGUUUCCAGCACAAGAAUCACACCUGUCUGGUGUUUGAAAUGCUUGAACAGAACCUGUAUGACUUCCUCAAACAGAACAAAUUCUCACCACUGCCUCUUAAAUUCAUCAGACCUAUUUUACAACAGGUUUUAACUGCUCUUCUUAAACUUAAGCAACUUGGCCUGAUCCAUGCUGACCUCAAGCCAGAAAAUAUCAUGCUGGUUGAUCCAGUCAGACAGCCAUAUCGUGUCAAAGUCAUAGAUUUUGGCAGUGCUUCACAUGUUAGCAAGGCAGUCUGUAACACCUACCUACAGUCCCGCUACUACCGAGCUCCUGAGAUCAUUUUGGGUCUCCCUUUCUCUGAAGCCAUCGACAUGUGGUCCUUAGGUUGUGUUAUAGCAGAACUGUUCCUGGGUUGGCCACUCUACCCUGGGUCCUCAGAAUAUGACCAGAUUCGUUACAUCAGCCAGACUCAAGGGAUCCCAGCAGAGCAUAUGCUGAAUAAUGCUACAAAGACCACAAAGUUCUUUUACCGAGACAAUGAGUCAACAUACCCAUUCUGGAGACUAAAGACCCCAGAGGAACAUGAAGGAGAGACAGGCAUCAAGAGUAAAGAGGCUCGUAAGUACAUCUUCAACUGUUUAGAUGAUAUGGGUCAGGUUAAUGUACCCACGGAGCUGGAAGGCGGUGAGCUUUUGGCAGAGAAGGCAGAUCGACGUGAAUUCAUAGAUCUUCUCAAAAGAAUGCUGACCAUGGACCAAGAGAGACGCAUAACCCCAGGAGAAGCUUUACAACACAGCUUUGUCACUUUACAACACCUACUAGAUUAUCCACACUGCUCCAAUGUGAAGGCAUCCAUGCAGAUGAUGGAAGUAUGCAGACGGCCAGCUCCCCCAUAUGCCACAGCAGCAGCUGUUUCACAGGCACAAGCUCUUCCACCCUCUCUCAUGCCCAACUAUGUCCAUUCUACAAAUGGCUCAGUUACACUCACAUUCAACAACCAGAUUACCAAUCAGGUACGGAAUGAGAGGAAUCCAGGACAUUUCGGCACCAGACGAUUCAGCGGCAGGCAGCACCUCACCACAAAAUAUGGCUUAUAUCAAGGAAGCCGAAGUGGGCGUGGAUAUAGUGGCAGUAGUCGUGGAGAAGCAGCGGCAGCAGCAGCAGCAGCAGCAGCUUUCCAACCGCAGCUGGUCCCAUCUAUCCUUUGCCCACCACCUGCUGCUGCCUACCAAGGCCUUGCUUCACCUGGCAAACAUGUGACAGUUGUAACUCAACAGCCACAGUUACAACUCCAGCCAUCUUUACUCUCACAGCAGGUGGGAGGCGGAGGUCAAUAUGUGCCAGUAUCAAUGGUGGAGCAACCAGGACGUGGAAUGCUUCUAACAACUGGAGCUGCAGUAGGGGGUGGCUGGGGACGUGGGGGGCAGAUGGCUCUUGUACCUGGUGGAUGGCAACAGCUUCCACAGCCUCCAACUUCCCUCCAACAGCCAGCAAGUCUCCUCCCUGAUGCCACGGAUGCCUGGAGACGCACAUUUCUGGUGGACUCAUCAGUCGUGCAAGGAGAUGCCCCUCCUGCCAUGUUUCCCGUUGAUCUCCAUCCUGAAUUGUAUGAGGCCUACCCAUCUAGCACUUGGGCAGGAAGUAAGAGGUCUAGUAAGGCCUCCCUUAUGGGCCACUCCAGCACUCAUGCAGCCCACACCUUGCAUGUCACUGGAAGACCAACUCAGCCACCUGCACAUGACAAGAAGGACCUGAGCCAGCAACUUUCACCUGUCAAGAAACGUGUGAAAGAGGGCACACCACCAGGUGCAUCUUCAGCCCACUGGGGAGCAACUAGUACUGCACAACAAAUUAGUCACAGCAACUAUCAUACCAGUCACAACAGUCACCAUUCUACACACCACCCGGGACAUUCCAGUCAUGUGGGUCAUCCCCACCAUCAGGCGCACCACUCAAACCACUCCAACCAUCAUUCAAGCCACUCCUCCAGUCAUCACAUUGUCACUCAUGGGAACCAUACAGGCCACCAAAGCCAUAGUAGCAGUCAUAAUUCUCACAAUGGUGGGCAUCCUGGAUUACCUUCACAGCAAACACACAACAGUCAGCAGCACUCCAGCAGCAGUUACAAUGGAAAUAUGGGAGGCAGCGGCCGGCAGCAGACCAUCACCAUCCGUGACACUCCUUCUCCUGCAGUCUCAGUUAUCACUAUCAGUGAUAGUGAUGAUGAAGCAGGAGGUAAAUGCUGCAAAGAUAGACAUUGUGCUACUUGUGUCAACAAUAACCAUGGCAAGAUUGCAGUGUCUUCUCACCAGCAGCAUCAGGUCUCCCAUGACGACAAAUAUGCCAGUCUGUCCCACAAUUACUCGUCAGUGGGUGCAUCUCAGAGCCAGAAGAAGCGUCUGCUAGCCAAGGCCCAAAGUGAAUGCAUGCUGCAUGUGGCAAAGCCUGAGGCACGGGACUAUUCAACACAGCAAGCAAGGGAUGAUAUUUAUACUACUAGAGAGCACCUGGCUCCUCCUGCUGCGCAUGUCAGGGACUCCCUUCUACAGCCACCGCCUGCCCACCGUGACAACCUCCCGCCACCCGCAGCUCACACUCGUGACCAUGCCCGUAGUCACUCUCACACUCACUCUCAUGCACACACACAACCCCCACAGGCCCAUAAAGACUAUUCAGUACAGUCAGCUGUGCACCCGGCUGGCCACAAGGACUACUCCCAGCCGCCAGUAGCCCAUAGUAACCGUGACCAGCGCGUGGUGGUUGGGAGUGUGAAGGGAUGGGGAAGCAGCAGUAGUGGUGGUGGUGGAAGCAGCAGCAGUGUAGUUGUUGCUGGCCAGGGCAGCACAGGCAGUAGUAGUAGUUUGAAUUACGCUCCCACAAUUGGACGAACUCACGUGCCUGCAAGUCACCAUUCACCAUCAUCACAGGCACAUGGAUUAUCACCAGUCUCUCAGCUUGGGUCUCUGGCAGGCAUUGUGCCAGCACAGGCAGAUGUCUAUCGGGAAUAUAGACGUGCUGGCCCUCCUCAGGCUGCUGCCGCAGCUGCUGCUGCAGCACAGGUGUAUGUGACCACCACUCAACCUACAUACUUACCCUCCUCCCUUCCAGCUGCACACACAGUCAACCCAUUUACACCAGGAGGAGCAUUGCCUCCACCAGCCCACCACAGCAGUGGGCGCACAGUGCUGGCUGCCCCACCUGCACACCCUUUACCUGCCCACAUGCAGCCAACUGCAGUGUUCCCUACACACCCCCAAGUAGCUGCACCCUACACUGCCUACACUGCUCUCUCUCCAGCCAAGAGCCAGUAUCAAAGCAUCUGGUUUUCUGAGUAGCUACAGUAUCAAUUGGAACAAACCCACUAUAAUUUGUGAGAAUAAAAUAGGCCCAGAAGAUCCAAAAUGAGCCAAGAAAAAGACAUACAUGAAAAAAGAAAUAAGUAAAAGAAAAAAGGAAAAAAGAAUUUAUGUUGCCCAGCACAUGAGAUAUGGGCAGGUGGGAGUGGGUAUAUUGGGAGUUCCUGGAGAGUAACUGAGUGUAGUAGUGCAGGGUAGUGAUGAGGUAGGGACGGAUCUUUGGGGGAGAAUUUGCCCCAUUCCUUCCUUCUCACCCUCAAGAGGAAGCUACUGCACUAUGAAGAUCAACCACAUCUUCAGCAAAGGAUAUACCAGGGUGGCUAGACUUAGACUAGUUUAGAUAAAAGCAAAAAAGAAACUCUGGAAUACCUUUGUUGAAACAAGACCAUUAUCUUGGUGCCAAGUGUAUGGGGUUCACAGCCAAAAAAUAGUGUCUACAAAUUUUAAGUAAGCUUCAGAAGUGUGCAAGGACUUAGUGUCAGAUAUAUUCAUGGGUACUGAGCUCUACCAUAUAAUUACUCCCCUGUGAUUACUGAUUUGGGGGCCAAUAGAAUUUGUUUGAGCAUUUCUCUUGAUACAAUAGCAUCAGCAGCAGUAUAGGCCCCAUAUCUGUGUGUAGAACUAGUGCAUGUACAAGUGUGCGCCUGUCUCAUGAUGACCAUAACCUUGACAAGCAUUAUAACUGUGCGUUGGCCGUCCUAAGGGCGGAAAUACUGUCGGCAUAUUGUUGACAAAUGAGAAGACUGUAGCUAGUUUUUAUUUUUAUCAUUUUGUGUGAAACAUGAGCAACAGCCAGUGGGUGAACACUACACUGGUAAUGAAGAAUGGAUAUGGAGUGUUUGUGUUAGCUUCUUUGGAGCACAUCCUGUAUUGCAUAAAAGGAAAUAAUUUAUCAGCUACAUUUCUAAACUUUUCAGUCACCCAAAGAAGUUAUAGUUCGUUUUGUGUUGGACUUGAUAUCGUUAUCAAGUGUGAGUUUUUUGUUGAAGCUAAAGUGAUGAGCCAUCAUCUGUGGAGCUCGGCUAAUAAUCCUAUUGGCUACUAAGUGACUGGGAACUGGUUCACAGAAAGCCAAGGUUUUUCAGUGAGCCAUGCUUGACGUUGUGUAUAUUUAUUUUGUGUUUUACCAAGCAUAAAUUGAAUAUGUUUGAUAAUUUUUUAAGGGGAAAGGGUUUUGACAAUGGUCUGUACGUAGACUUAAUGUGUAGCAUGAGUAGUAUUGUGUUUAUAGCCGAUGAGGCCGAGGGAAAAUGCACCAUAGUUGGCAUUUCAACAGCACUCCCCUUCCCUUCCAUAAGUAUGGGAAGUUGAGAGCCAAGUAGAAUUGCUGGAUGUGGUGUGAUGCCCACCGGCUGCACCACGUUUGGUGUUUGUCCACAGGUUUGUUUGAUCUCUAUUAACAUAUACGCUUUCUUGAACUUCUUCCCUAUGUGUAAAGGUGUUAUUUAUGUCUGGAGUGUGAUACCUUCUCUUUAUAUCUCGGAGAAUCCUCUGCAUGGUUUUUGUGCUUGUUUCUUGACCAAGGUCUAUACACCCGGGAGAAGCAAAUAGCACGUUCAGGCUUACUGCCAUUCCCCCAACCCCCCUCCCACACUCCACCUCUUUUGAGGUUCACUAUUCACUGCUAACUGUUAUUGGGAAUUUUAUUUUAAUGUUUCUUUGGAGAAUUUUUAAUGUUUCUUUAAUUGAUUACCUUUGAUCUUAAGCAUUGUAUAAUAUUUAAUUUUUUAAGGUUAACAUUUAUUUCUAAGAUCAAGCUUUGAUGUGUAUGUGAAAGCUUAUAUUUUUAGUAUCUGAAUUGGGUGAAUUUGUCAUAAAGAACUAAUAUAUAAGGGACAGUGUUGUGUAGCAGGUGAUGACUGUGAAUUUUACAGUGGGAGGGGGGCCGUGCCUGUGUUUUCAUUAGGCCCUAACAUGUAUAGGGUCGUGGUUCUGUUCAAUAUCUGAUCUCAACAUUGUGAUUAGAUACAGUUCACCACAGACCUCGACCCAGACCUUUGUGUGUGGGGCAACAAUUCCCAAGGUCUUCUUGAAGGUGCCAAGCUUUGGUGUGUGUAUAGGGUCUUUGACACAUUUCAAUGGACCAACUGUUCGUCAAGCUGAACUGCAGAGUUUUGAAAGUAAUUGAUAUCCGUCUCAAGCUCUGUGUAGUACAUUGUAUGGAUUUAAAUUUCUUAAAUUGUAUUAAUUUUAGUUAUUAAUUUAUUUUUUAUUGAUAAAAGACACAUUAACAAGCAUCUUUAAUGUGACCAGAGUAUUGACAAGCAUCUUUAAUGUGACCAGAGUAUUGACAAACAUCUUUAAUGUGACCAGAGUAUUGACAAGCAUCUUUAAUGUGACCUGAAGAUUAGAAAUCGUCAAUCAUAUUUAUUGCAGUUUGACUGAAGUGAUUGAACAGCAUGACGAAUAGCCUUGUCCUUUUUCAGAUGUAAAUUUUCUUGGAAUUCAACCAAAGUUUAUCCAGACACAGAGUGAGUUUCCCCCCUUACGUAAAAGUAGUCAUAUGAAGCCAUUGGCUGUUGCACAGUCAGCUUCUAGGUUGUCUAGAGACCCCCUCAUGCACCAUGUGGACCACUCACCAUUAUCAGGAGUUGGCCUAUCAGGAGGGAAGAUGUGACUGUUGGGAUAUUGUACACAACUCAUCAAUUUGGUCCAGUUUAGGUUAUUAGUAGUUCCGGUGCUCAGUUAUCGGCACCUACAUAACAGCCCUACACAUGUGAUGUUUGUAUUUAGAGUGCCUAAGCUCUAGUAUUUUAGAAGAUGUGACGGAUGGCCAAUAAUGAUUGCUGGGUAAUGGCUCUGCACAGUAGCUUUUUUGACCUUUGUAUCUACUUAUCCUGGAAUACAAAAAAAAAGUGUCAUAAAUUGAUUCAUGGCCAUGCAUCAGUCUCUGUCCACAUAGUAAAGAAUAUUUUUGAUUUGCUGCACGGAGUCACUUUCCACCAGUCAGGUGAUCGUCUGGCCGCAGUAUAACGAGUAACGUGAAACUGUUGCCCAACGUUAGUCAUAACCCUCACAAAACACUAUAAGAGUUGAUUGCAGUACACUGUUGUAGUACACUGAUGUAGUACAUUGCUGUAGUACACGGAUGUAGUACACAAAAACAAGAUUAUAUGUGUACGUAUCUAUUUUUCUUGAGAAUGUAAAUAUAAUUAUGAAUGUAAUAUUUUGGGUCAGUUAGGGUAUGUAAAGACUUUGUAAGAUAUUGUAAUGUGUGUUUCAUGAUUAUAGAUAACACAAGUAUCCUAAAUGCUAAAUGUUUCUCAACAUUCUUCGUUAGUAUUCAGUAGGCAUACAAUUAACAUGUUUCAUUGUCAUGCUUCAAGACCAUUAAGAUUUCCUCCCCCUCUCCAUACUAGAUUUCCUGAAUUGUGGUAGUUAGGAACCAUUAACUUUUUACGACUUAAGAAUUUCACUUUUUCCAGUGACUUUGCUAGAUGUUAAGGGUCUGCAGUCGUCGUUGCCACAGAGUGCUUUUGACCACAUCAAAAAGUUGCAAUAUGAUACCCAUACUGAAUUGAUAAAGGGAUACAGAGCCAGAAUAAAUUCUUUACAAACUUUUUGUAGCAAUACUGGGUCUUAAAAACCAUGUUAUCUGAGUGCUGCUUUGGCAACGUAGACCAGUCUCUUGGUCUCUCACUCCUAAAGGUGACCUGUGACCAUUUUCAAUUUUCCACGUGCUCUGCGCUAUAUGAUUAAAUGCCUAUUGUCCAUCUUGCAAAAUGUAGUUCAACUGAAACACUGGAUUGUGUUUUUUAUAGAUAAGGUCCUCUGGGUGUAGAGUGGUAUAAAUAUUUUACUCGCAGUCUGCGGCAAAGUUCAACCUCCAUGGUUGUUGACACACUCACCUCAUAUGUUUUGUAUUGACUAUACUUAUGGCACUCAGUCUUGCACUAUCUAGAGGAAAUUUUUCUAACACUAAGCAAUCAUGUAGGAAACUCUGUGAGGUGGGUUGUCAACAUUUCCAAAUAUUUGGUGGAAGAUGUGCUGUAGAGUGUAGCAAGGUAUUAGUUCCUUAGUUUGCUAGGAUGUCCUACCAUUUACAGUAUCCUAGGAUAGUUUUGAAGGAUUCUUUGAUUGACAGUUUAGUUUUAAUCCUGAGUUUUAAAUACCAUUUUUUAUGGUUUUGAGGGGCUAUCACAACUAGGUUUGGUAUAUUUGAUUUAUGUUUAGAUUUCCCAAGUUUUGAUUCUAAUGGGCUUGUACAAUUACAGGAUAUUCAGCAAUGACACAUUUAAGGUGGUCAUUAUUAUUAUUACAAUAUAAAAAAAAAAUAUUCAUUUUUAAAAAAUUAUAUAAAAAUUAUGAUGAUAUUCCCUACUAACCCCAACCCCACUAUUUUAGUAUAUGAUUAUAAACCUUAGGAACAGUGCUUUUUGAUACGCCCCUUGCUCGUGGUAUCGAGUCUGAGUUUUGGGUGUGUUGGUUGGUUUAUUAAUAUUUUGCCACCAAUUUGUUGCACUUUUAUAGCUCAAUUAAUAUGACUUUUGCUUUAGGUUGCAUUGAAUAAUCUUUUUAAUUUUAGGUUAGUUGCCUAUCUACCUACCCCCUCCCCCACCCCCUCCCUCCCACCCACCCAUCCACCCUGUUACAAUGUAUUAAUGCAGUGUAAUGGUGAAAUGUUCAUAUAUAUAUACAUACACACAUAUAUAUAUAUAUAUAUAUAUAUAUAUAUAUAUAUAUAUAUAUAUAUGUAUAUAAAUAUAUAUAUAUUUUAAGUGUUUAUUUCAAGGUUUGAUUUGGUUGAAAUCAGGAGUGAAGACUUUGAAAGAGAAGCUUCUUUUUAAAAACCUCAUAAAGGGUCUCUUAAAGUUCUAAUGCCAACUUGUUAUUCACCCUCAUAUCAUGAAUUGAAUCAACCCCUCCCCCUUCUCAUUAAUGCCAGAUUGAAAUGCUUUUGGAGAGUUUGGGCCGGUCAUUCUGAGGACAAAUAUCUUCUAAUUUGCCAUCCCAGGGUACCUGAAUGAUAAUAACCUGAAAUAUUUGUUUGAAGAAAAGCAUUUCUGUUAAAGAAUUGAUGAAAUUAGUUGGAUGUUUGUGUUUAUGGAUAAUGACUUGUAUGGAAAGUGUGUCCAAAUUGUGUCUGGGUACUGCUUUUAUCAUGAUUAAUCAUAAGUAACCAUUACAAUUAUCAGCUUAUGUAUUAUAUUAAUAUCAUCAUAAAAAAUGUGAAUAAUUGCAAUUCAUAUUGUCAUUGCCAUCAUGCUCAUGUUAAUAUUGUAACCUAUGAAGUUAAUAUGAAUUGUUUUUAUUUUGUUUUUGAUAGCUGAUGGAUGAAAUGUAACACAACACUGGCCUUAACUAUAAAUUCAUGCAAAAAGGUAUUGAACAACAGUCCCAACAGGUGUUUUAUUAAGAAGUCUUGCUUUCUUUCUUCUGGUGGCUACAAAACUGUAUUAAAUCUUGAUCAUUUAUGGUGUGAGAGGGAUUAAUUCACUGUCAAAAAGCCACUGGGAGUGCAAGGAUGUAGGUCAUUUUCAUAGUUUUCUUGCCUGUUUACAAAAUUGUAAUUUGUUUAUUGCAAAAAAUAAAGAAGGUACAUGUUCCCUUACAAACUGUAUAGGAAUAAAAAACCAAAGAUUGACUUUUUUAUUUUUAUUAUUAUUAUAUUUUUUUUAUUGUCAAUUUUCAUCUCUUCAAAUUCAUAUCUUUUAUCUUUUGGUAGAAAUACUGGGUUUUCACACUAGAAUUGUAGUACAUAUCACUUAUAAGCAAGUAGUUAUGAGAGGAAUGUCAAGUUUCUGAACACCUGGUUGAUGAUACAAAUACUGUAGGCUCUAAUAUCCUUGCCAUAGCAUACAGAAUGACCUUUUUUAGGGUGUUCAGAACUUGCAUAUCCUUUCAUAACAGAUAUUGGGACUAGGGAUAUAUAUGGAUUACCUCAUCAGAUGUCUUGUUUGUAUAUUGAGGAAAAAUUAUUCUGUAUUACUUUGAAUUUUUGAAUCUCUAUGAAAUUUUGAUUGUAAUACAUCUGCAUUUUGUUGCGCUAUGUUCAUGUUUAUUUGACUUAUCUACUGUCAUUGCAGUGAAAAUAUUAAAUUUGGAUUAAUUUUGAUACAAUGACAGUACAAGGAAAAAUUGGUGGUGUAACCUUGUGUUGUGGAGUCCAGAUGAGUUGAGAUCCUUUGUUUUGUACCAGCAUCUGGUGGAAGAACCUGUUUGUGCAUGGCCAUAUUCUGCUCUUUGGAACCAGACCAACAGUAGCUUCUAGUCUCACAGAUCAGAUUAUGUGCAAUUAUAUUUAUUUUUAACAACCCUCCAAGAACAAAGUGUAUACAAAACAAAGAAAUCCAGAAUUUGAGUCAGAAGGUCGGGUCACAGCACAGAUACAGGUCCUUCCGUGUUUUCAUGUAGAGGUGCCCUGGUCUUUAGGGAUAUCUCUGUGUGUGUGUGUGUGUCACUCAGACCAGCAACAGCAGCCGUAUGUGUGUGUUUGUGUGUGUCUUUGGGUGUGGGUGUGCGUGUGUAUUUCAAGAAUUAUGAGAGGAGCCAUGUCUACUAUGGCCAAAAAUGUAAUUCCUCUCUUGUAGUGUCAUUUCAAGCAGCUACAAAACAUAUCUUUCCCUUUGACAUGUUGGUUCUUCCUCUACCCCUGCAGUUGGUAUUUUGCUUGAUUUCUGUAUGUGAUAAUGGUCCUAAAGUUUGUGUGUAUUGUUAUUCAUUAUCAGUCAGCAGUAUUUUCUUCACAGCUGUUGUUUGUGGAUUAUGCUUUCUGCAGUGCUUACUCCGGUCAUUAUCCAUCAACUACCUUCAUGGAAGGGUUGUUUGAUUUAUUGUAUAUAGUGACUUGGUCCAUGUUGGUUAAUUUUAGAUACCACACAUUCCCAUAAUUUUCAAAAAAGUAGGUAUAUAGUGUAAUACAGUAUUUAAGAAUAAAAUAGACAUUGGGUGGAAGUCUAAUAGUUGAACCAAAGAUACACGAAAUUUGAAUUUUAUUUAAUGCAACAAAUGCCUGCAUAACAGUAAAGUAUAAAGUAAGCAGUUUAGGCAUUAUAUUUAAAGUCUGAAUUGCAGCUGCUGACCUUUUAAAGAACAACAAUACACUUGCUUUUAUACCGUCAAAUCAAAGGCUUUAAGGGGGUAGAUUUAUUAGGAAGUGGUACCAUUAUUUUAGUAAAUAAAAUGACUGCUGAUUGCUGGUUGGAAGGCAUGGACAACACGUUUCAAAAACAUUAAGGGAUGCUGGCACUGAACCAGGUUGGGGGAUCACCAUUCAAACAAUAAAGCACUUACUUUUCCAUUUAAACUGUAUUACACCGUCAUAGACAUUCCUUGAGAAAAAUAUGUUGACAGAUGAAUUGUCAUAUGCCUUUACAAACAAGGGUGUUUAUGCCUUCAUUUACGCCUGGCUCGAUACUCGGCGAGCCAGAGAAUUUUACAUCUUGCUAACUUUUUGAUUCUGAGAGCGGUUGCCGGUGUAGAAAGUCUUCUCCAGUGUGAGGGUGUCUUUCAGCCGAGUUCCGUCUCCUCCCCCUCUUCUCAACCAUCCACAACAUCACACAGACACACAUAUAUACAGACACACGUACAACAGCAAGACAAAACCGCGUCCAAAGUCAAGAUGGCCGCGGCACCACUUUGUCAUAAUAAAUUUGUAUAUGUGAUAAAAA